UGCGCUAUUUUGAAUAAGUGCGCGUCGCCCUGUUUGUUCGGUUCACGGCUCUAUCUAGUGCUAUGUGUGAAUUACAGCAGUGUCGCUGAAACGUUUGUUAAUAGAAACAUUAUAAAAACAGUUUCGUAUAAAUAAGGUCAUUUCUCAGGAGUACGCAAGAGCCGAAAAGGAAGAAUGAAAUGUCUAAAAACAGAUGAGUACGUACAACGGAUAUCCUCUAUAAAGGACACUGUUCUUCUUCAUGAUGAGUUGAAGAAACACGUGAAUGAAGAUCUUGGACCUUGGGGGCGAACAGUUUGUGACCGGAUUAUUCGAGCAUGCAACCAGAGGCUUGGCAGUGGACCUCUACAGCCAGAUCAUCAAGGGCGUCUGGUGGAUCUUGUAGAGUUGGCAGUAAAAGGUUAUGGCUUGAAUGCUGACCCUGCUGUAUCGGGAUGCCCACUUUACCUUGAGAAAAUAAUCUUCCACAUCUUGCAGAAGUUGGUUAGUCAAGGAGCUCAUGGCCCAGCCAGUCGACUUGGGGAGCUCAUGUACCACAGACUGCAGACAUACUCCACAGAGGCUGAAGCCUUGAGUGUCCUUGUGCGGAACUGCUUUGCAGUGCUAUGGAACGGUCUCUUGACCCCGGGCUCUCGAGCACCCAGCAUUCCUCCCAGGGACAGACUCAGGUGGCAGCUGCAGGCUCUGCUUUUCCGUCUAAUGGAAGGGACAUCCAACACAUCUAAAGUACCCUUGUUUGUGGAGGAGGUGGUAGGCGAGUUUGAACGAGCAUGUGGUGGACUAUCUCAGGAUGAUGCAGCGUUUUUGCUUUCUGAACUACAGAUGCGUUUUCUCAGCCCCCCUCUUGGGGAGAAUGCAGGUGGGGACUGUGUGCAGAUGCUGCCUUUCCUGGCUGUGAGAUGUCAGGUGAUCUUUAAAGUUUGCAAGCUCCUGUGUAAGGGAAAGUUCUGGACUGAGGCCUCCGGUCUGGUGGACAGCGCUGUGGCCAUGGUCCGACGACUUUGUGACAUUUUGUGCCCAUCUUUAGGCCUCGCAGCUCAUGCGGUGCAGCUGCAAUGUGCCCUUACAUCUGGGGAUGAAUGUAGUAAAGCUUUCACAGACUGUGCUCGUAUCCUUAGAGGGCUACCUGCUACAAUGCGAGACAUAGAAGCUCACACACUGCUUGAAGCAUGUCAGUUGGUCGUCUGGGCAAUAGAGGCAGGACAGACUAAGGGAAUGGACCGGACUACACUGCUGGCCUGUUUUUCCUUUUUGGAAGAAUAUCAGGAGAUUUUGCUCAAACAGCAGAAGACCUCGUUCUCACAGCAGCUGCAGUAUUCGCUGUGCUUUUGUCUGUACCAGGGUUUCAUUAGCACCUAUGACAGUCUGCAUUCCUCACAGGAGUCAGUUAUUGAAUCUCUAGACAGAGUUCUGUUGUACUGCCAAGCAACAGCAGGGCGCAUGAUGACUGAACUACGCAGACUUUCGAACGACAACUUCUUACUGAAAGCAGUUUGUGCAGUGAAUAAUGUGGUGUAUGAGUUAUUUAACCGAAAGUUAUAUGAAGAGGCUUUUGGCCUGGCUGAGAUUAUGUGUCAGGAGUUAAGAAAGGACUGCCCUGCCUCUCUGCCUGUGGAAAGAGUGAACCGCUGCUUCAUGCUGGUGGUGCAGUGUAGUCGACGUGUGUCUCAAAUGGAGAAAGCUCUGGAUUGGGUGGUUAGUUGGAUUCAGGUUCUGGGUGCUCGGGUUCUUGAUCACAUUGCGGAGCCAGUUUCCCUAUGGGUCAAGACAAAGUGUGAUGCUGCCCGUGCAGGAGAGGAAGACACACGUCUUAGGACUUUAAGAGAUGGUUUAGGAGCCACCUUAAUAGAUGAGGAGGUAUUGUUGCGUCUGCUGGAAGAAGAGCUGCGUCUUUAUAAGGACCAGACUGGGGACACGGCACAAGAACGCUAUAACACACUGUGUGAUCUUCUUGAUAUCUGUCAUGAAGACACCACACACACUCUUAGGCGUGCUUCUUACCUGUGUGAGAUGGCUCAGGUAGUGUGUUACCAGGACUUCAGCCAACAGACAGACUGUUCUGCAGUUGAUUUUACCCAUGAGGCUUUACGGCUGUUGGACGAGGAGCAAGAGACAGCAGAGAAUGCUGAUAGGCUGAACGAUGAGAAGGCAUACGCUUCUUUGUGGCUGUACAUCUGCACACUUGAGGCCAACCUGCAGGAGGCAUUGGAUACAGAGAAGCGAUUGCGUGAGGUGCAGGAGGGCAUUACUACUGGGAAUUUGGAUCCUGUUCCCACUAAUGAUCUGGAGUAUGAAGACAAACAGAAGACACAGGACAGCCAGCUAGUGUACGAUGGCCUCCGCUUCAAUUUGGUGGCACACAAUAAGCGUAGCAAACCAUUGGAUCGGUGUUUAUCUCUCUGGAGAAGUCUGCUGAAGGAGGGAAAAGUACCAGCAGUGAGAGACCCCACAAACACUGCUUAUUCCAUUUCUCUCAUGGCUUCUCUCUACACACUCAUGGGCAAGCCACUGCAAGCUCUAGAAGGUUAUCAGCUCUCUGCAGCUCUCUUCCGGCUCCUUGGAGAUGGGCAGAACAGUGCUGGUGCGUUUUGCCAGUCUGCCAGACUAUUAUUGGACCUUGGCUCUCCACAGCUUUCCCAGGUGCAGCUAGAGCAGGCAGAGCAGUGUUUGGCUGCAGAAUCAGGCUCUGAGGCUGUGACUGUCAUCUCAGUCACAAUCACACUGCUGAGAGCUCAACUCUACUACGCUUUAGGCGAGGUGAAGCGUGGUGUGUGCAGUCUGAGUGAGGUGUUAAAGCAAACAGCACAGCAUCACUCAAAAAGCUGGUACAUGCUGAAAGCUCGAGCCUUACAGGUAGCCAGUGCCUACCUCAGCCUGGACACAAGCAAGCUCCAAACACUCAUCCGCCAGACAAUCAUCCAGCGUGGUGUGAAGACUCCAGACACUGCCCAGUAUGAAGGUUUGAAGCUGUUAUGUAGUCUGGUAAUGAGUUUGCUGGGCAAUGGCUUUUAUGGAGCACCUGCUCCCAACGUGGACACUCGCUUUGUAGAUCGAGGAGACAGUGUGGUAUUUAAGUGGCUUUUGCUGGGUGAAGUGUUGCUCUGCUCUGAGAGGAUGGUGCAAAUCAGAAGCAGCAGUGGAGCGGCUCAUGAGGCUAAAGCUCAGUGCCUGGAGGCUCUGAAGCUCGCCACCAAACUACACACCCUUAGCCACUGUGCUGAACUGCUGGUGCUGAAGGCCGAGUUGGAGCUGAUGAAGGGCUCAAGUGAGGCCAGUACUUUAGAUUUGGAGCAAGUCAGACACUUACUGGAUGAUGGCACAGAUUUUGGCCAGAGUCAACAAAAAAAAUCAGAGGUGAAAAUAAAACCUCGUAAAGGACGGCCAGCUGUGGCAACUCCUGCCCCUCAAACCUCAGCAGAAGAUGAGGAUAUAGAUGGCCUCCUGAGCUCUCGCUCAUUAGGCCGGGAGCCAGUGGAUGGACUCUCUGACUUGGGUCAGGAUGCUUCACCUACUCUGAAGCCCAAACGGCAGCGUGCACUGUCUUGUCUGACUCAUGGAGAGAGCUGCUCUUGUUCGUGUUGUAGUGAACCCACCCUGGUUCGUGUCAGCGUCCUUUGGGCCCUGGUUCAGGCUGAUCUUCAAAAAGAACUGCAGUACUCCUGUAGAUUACGGCAUUUUGCUAAGUUGCGCUGCAGUAGCAUCACUGCUAAAAUACAGUCUCGUCUGAAAACACUGAUUUCCUCAAAUUUCUCCCCCCGCCAGUCUCUAGUUCCUUCUAUGCUGCAGGCAGAGGUUGCUAGGCUGCACUUGGGCACUGUGCUGACUCAGCUACACUGUGGGGCUGGGGAGAAGGAAAAGGCAGCUUCCCUAUGGGAAGAGAUAGAAGCAGGGCUACAGGCUGUAGAGGAUAAAGGGGCCCUGUGUCCAGAGCUGGGACCUCUUAGGGCUGCUCUUCUGGGGGCGAAGGCUGUAGUAUGUUGCUUGGCCUUGGCAGGAAAAAAACAAUGUAGUCCUGAUGAUCUGUUCUCUGCAGUGUGGGGGUGGAAUCCAUCACUCACUGCCGUGGCCUUGAAGAUCAAAACGCAGCUCAAACAGCAGAACAGGCUGAAGAGCUCUGGUGAUGGUGACCAACUUAAUCCAGCUGCAAAGACAUCUGCUAAGACCCUCCCGGCAAGCCAGCGCAACACCUAUCUAGAGCAAGGAUCUAACAAAACAGAGAUAUCUGCAGCUAUGUCCAAGAAGGCCAAAGACCCUGUGUCAAAAAUAAGCAUUGCAAGACCUAGCAUGGUCUUUAAAACACCCAGAGCAAUGAGGACCCCCAGUGCUAAGUCAGCCGCUGGUAAAACUGGUGAUAUGAGUGCUUUUGAUUUUACCACUGAAGUUCCCGAUAUUACAGUAAGCUCCACACCACUGACCACAACCAAAGCCACAGCUGCCAGCCGUUCUGGGGUGACAAAGUCAAAAACUGCACCAAAGGGCUCAUUCCAGGUUUUUGAAGAUUCUUCUCCUCAACAAGAAAAACCUGUAACUGUUCCUGCUGCACCCAAACGGACGAAACGCUCACGCUUUAAGGUUGAGUUUAGUGAUGAAAGUGAUGCUGAGACAGCCCCUCCUCCUGUAGAGGUGAAGUCAGAGAAAAAGCGAUCUGUUUCAUCUGCAUCUAAAACCCCGUCUGCACCAAAGCCAGCUACAAAAGUCUCUCUAAAUCCAGCAGCAGUGAAGGAUGCACCCAGAAAGCCAAGAGCUGUCAAAAAAAGCACUGCCCUCUGCGCCAGCGGCCCCUCCUCUGAAGAAGAACUGGGUGCACCUUCUCAGUCACUGCCACGACGGGGACGAUCAAGAAAAGCUCAAAAUUCAAAUGGUGUGGAGCCACCAGAGCGGAUGAGGAUGAUCAAAGAAGAUGAAGAUGAAGAGGGUCUGGACAUCAGCUUAGAGAACCUUCAAGAAUCUGACUCCGAGACACAAAACACAGGGAGUCCUGCAGAUGGCCAGGAUACAGACUUUGAGGUGCUAAGGAGAGACCUAGGAGCAGAUUUGAACCGAGAUUGCGUAAAUGAGCUCAGAAGCAUUGGACAGAAUGGAGUGGGAGGUCAUGCAUCAUUACCACACACGCAUGUAGCACCAGCUGAGCUGUCUUUAGAGGUGGUCCGGUCACUCCUGUGCUCUGCUUGGGUCCUUCUGCAUCAUUUUCCAAGCCCCUCCCUCUACCCUCACCUGUGCUCACUGCUGGCCCAGUUGCUAGGUCUUUCUGAUCCCCUCACCACAGCCAUGCUUCACGCUCAGUCAAUGGGCGUGUCCACUCGACAUCACAUGACCCGGUACCUGGCAAAUCGGCUAAGGAAAUUAAAGAAGUCCAGUGGUGAUAUAGUGGAGAAUCUGAGUGCUUUGAGCCUAGAGGAGUCUUCCCUACAGUCACAGAUGAAAACACUGUCUGCCCUGGAGAGCAUCUACUCCUUCAGCUUAACACAAUCUGCACAUUUCCCAAAUACACACUGCCAGGAAUUCACACAGCAGCUCAAAGACCUGCCAGCAGGUGUAACAGUCUGUUUACUCUCGCUUGUUGCUGUGUCUCCUGGUGAGAUUGGCAGUACCAUUCUUCUCACACGCCUGGAGCAUGACUGUGAUCCCAUCACCAUCAGGAUCCCGACAGCACACAGACCUCGCUCGAUGCCUGUUUUGCUGGAGGAGAUGGAGGGAGUGCUCCAGGGGCAGAAGGAAGUGAGCAAUGUGGCAGAUAAAGUUCAGUGGUGGGAUUGCAGGAAGGCCCUGGAUGCUCGAGUACAGAGACUGCUUGAGGAGAUGGAGGAGGCCUUAGGGAUAUGGCGAGCUUUGCUCCUCCCCUUGACUUCUGACCCUAAACUUCAAGUUCAGCUUGAAACUCUCCAAGCCUCGAUAGAAGGAGCAAAGAUCACUUCGGGCAUGCUUAAGGUGGUUCUUUCUGCAGCUCCUCUGCUCUCUCAAUCAGACCUACACUCAUUGGCUGAGGGUGCAGGUCUGAUGGAGGGAAAUUUCCUGAAGCUUCUACAGAAGGGUGUGUCUGAACUGAAAGGGAGGGAAGAGCCUCAAGGACAUACAGUUCUAAUCUUAGACAAGUACCUUCAAAGGUUGCCAUGGGAGAACAUCUCUUGUUUGAGGCCUCGCUCUGUCUCCCGCAUGCCUUCUUUACAGGCUGUACUAGGACAUGGCCAUCUCCAAAAGAUGAAUUCAGACUGUGUGCUGUCACGUGGUGUAGAUCCCCAGCAAGUUUAUUUUGUAUUGAACCCAGAUGGAAACCUGCCUGAGACUGAAAAGCGCUUCAGAGAUUGGUUUACUAGUGAGAAGACAUGGCAGGGAGUGUGUGGAGUUUCUCCUGAUCCUGAUAAACUACAGGAAGCAAUAACCACCAAAGACUUGUAUAUUUAUGUAGGACAUGGAGCAGGGGCACGCUUCCUGGAUGCUCAGAGGGUGAUGAAGGGACCCGUGCAAGCGGCGGCUCUGCUUUUUGGCUGCAGUAGUGCAGCACUUAGUGUGCAGGGCUGCCUCGAGGGAACCGGCAUCAUCCUUAGCUACCUCAUCGCUGGAUGCCCGUUGGUGUUGGGGAACUUGUGGGAUGUAACUGAUCGUGACAUUGAUCGGUUCACUUCCGCCCUGUUACAGUCUUGGCUGUCUGGCGGUUCAGGUUCUUCUUUACUUCAGCACCUCAGUACCUCGCGAGAUGCCACACACCUCAAGCACAUGAUUGGUGCUGCACCAAUUGCAUAUGGCCUACCUGUACACCUACAAUAGACCUGAAGCUAGAGUAGAUGUGUUCAGUCACAGUAUUCAGAUUUUGAAGCAAACUGUGUAUAGUUUUGGAUUUGUUUAUAAUAUCAAGUGUGGUAUGGCUGAUGCAUACUUACCAACACUGAGCCAUUUAAAAUUUCAGCUUCAUGUGGAAUUCUUUAAUGUUUAAUAUAUGCAUGUGUGAUUUUCUUAAACUUUUAUAAACGUUUUUAGAAAUAUUGUAUUUAAAUUGUUAAGCCUUUUUUAAUUUGUGCAAGUAAGGAAAUGUGAAAUUUUCUGUUUUUAACUCUCAGUCUUAAAUUGUGCAACAAAUGCAUAAGAUACAUUAAAUUCAUGGAAACAUU